AUGGCGAUUCCAGUAAGCAAUCUGGUGGAACAAAUGUCCCAGCUCGAUGCGGCGCGAAACCUCGUUCUCGGCGAUGCUGCGCUUUACCCUCAGAUCGUUCACGGCAUAAUUCCUAUAAUUGGCUCCAAUUCGCGUCUGGAGCUGCGAAGAUGGGGCGCCGAUUUCCUCGCAGAGACAUUUGCAAGUCCCACGUUCCCCCAGCCUGCAAAGCAAAAGCUGGCUACCGAAAUCCUCCAGACGAUACAUGAACUACUUAAUACGCCGGAACAAGAUAUUGCUGUGGUGAAAAAUGCUAUUCAGGCCUCUGCCAGUAUCUACCCGCUAGUGUUUAGGCAUAUCAUUGACCACCCUGAAGAUUCUGCAGUUUGGGAGAAUAUGACCGCCAUCAAGCUCACUAUCUUAAAGAAAUGGGAUAGUGCUCCUCCUGGUAUCAAAAUAUGCUGUGUCAAAUUCGCGCAAAGGGUUGUCCAAGCUCAAACCCAGGGUGUUAUCUCAGAUCCAAGACGCCCUGAGAAAAACGAGAUUUCGUUGGCCCUCGUUCCAAAGAGCCACCCUCUUAUCCCUAUUCCCAACCUGGAGGCAGAAGCGUCGGGCCUUCUCGAUAGACUGCUGAACGCCUUCCACGAGAACUCGAGUGACCCGCUUCUUGUAAAUGCGACUCUAAAUUCUCUUUCAAUUCUGAUUCGGACCCGACCUUCAAUCUCAAAUAAAAUCGUCAAUGCUAUCCUAAGCUUUAACCCGCUCAAACAUGCAACUACACCGAUAACUCCAACUGUCAAAGUAAAUAUAAAAUCAAUGGAACGGACAACUCGAGCGUUGUUGAUCAAUUUGAUGAAGAGGAACCCUAAUAACCCUCUAGCUGGGCGUAUUCAACAAUAUUUCGAUCGGAUAGCACAGUCACGGAACGAGAUAUUUGAAGAAGCCACACGGAAGAGAACGCUCCCGACUGAACCUACAGACCUUGUGGAUAGUGCCAAACGAGCAAAGCUGGGCGUUAAUACUCCGCCGCAGUUAAAAAUUCCGCCGUUGCCUCCAGGCCCAACUAGUUUUGCACAACUCUUUACAUUAACAGAAGAUGUUGGUUUGGCGUCCUUUGAUGUUAAACAGUUACCGAUAGAUCUGCUUGUCAAAAUCACCGUUCCCGUCUUAAAUCGUAUUGGCGCAGAAUCUUUGGAUCAAGCGAUCGGUGCUGUGCGUACCCGAUAUCUUACUCUUUGUAAAAAGCAAGUUUUCGAACAGCGAGCCCAAGCCCAGGCACAGCUCCGGCCGCAACAGAAUGAAGAAGAAGAUGAUGAUGAGUACGAGCCAGAAUACGAGCCUAUGGAUAUUCCCGCAGCAGAGCAACCGCUAGCAAGCUCAGAUUCAAUUCAGGUUGCAGAAGUCCCCCCUGACCUCAUGACCCUGGGACCGUUCGUGCUUCCACAACCUCCCCCACUCUCAAAAACAGAAGCUGUUGAGGUGGGUAAAGAAGCGGUUGAAAGAGUGUUCACCAUGGCCUCUGCUCUCGAUCAACCUUCAAAGUCAAAAGGUUCGGGAAAGGCUCUUGGGUUUGGACGGCUUGCAGCGAGUUCGUUUGAUCGAGACUCAUGGCUUACUCUACUCACUCGUUUGGGGACUCGCGCGUCAGCCGGUUUGGAAAGUGACGUUGAUGAAGAAGCGACCCAAAUCAGAAACGGACAGAUGCAUAGCGCUGCCCCAUCACAGCCGCCAACAUUAGGAGGUGGAAUCAGGCAGUUGUUAUAUCGAUACAUUCUAGAGGACUUCCGGGUGCGAAUAAAUGUCGCUAUAUCCUGGAUGAAUGAAGAAUGGUAUAACUACAAUGUACAGGUGAGAUACGCUGCGCAGCAACAUCGUGAUGGUAUCGACGCUAUUUCAAUACCGAAUCACUACAGUCAUUGGGUAAUGAGGCUUCUGGAAAGCAUACUGCCAUACCUUGAUUCCCGAGAUAAAAUCCUCAUAAGGUUCUUAAGCGAGUUACCAGAGCUGGAUCGCACUUUGAUCAGAAAAGUUCAGACAUUAGCCAACGAUCCGGAGAGGGUCAACUUUUACCUAGUCCUUGUACGCCCGCCAGUGAAAGAAAUGUGUCUGGAUGCCCUAGAGGAUUUGUACAAUACUGUGGAAGAAACCCGGCCUUUAAUAACAAAGAUCCUUCUCAAGUUUCGACCUGGGGCUCUACCCGACCAAGCAAAACAGUUCACGCAAAAUAUGAAACCGCAAGAACAGUCAAGAUCCACACCUACUCUUAGCCUUGGGUCGACGCAAAACACGACGAGCCCUGUCGCUGCAUAUCCCGUGCCCGAAAAUGUCGAUGGCAAUUCCACCGCCACAAAUUCUCAACAAAAUGGUCAGGUUUUGAAAUCAGAGAGGACAGGUACAGCUGAGCAGAGUGUCACAGCUGCUGUAUGA